GGGACGUGGGCCGCGGCCGGGAGGGCGGGCGGGCGCAGUCCGGAGCCGGUGGGGGACGCGCCGGGCCCUCCGCGACCGGUGGGUGCGGCCAGCGUCGUUGCGCGCCGAGGCCAUGGCCGUGCGCCCCGCGCGCCUCUGUUUGCUGGCGCUCGUGCUGUGCUGCGGCUGGGGGGUGCUGACCGCGGGCGCCCAGAAGCCGGGCGUGGGGUGCCCGAGCCGCUGCCUCUGCUUCCGCAGCACGGUGCGGUGCAUGCAUCUGCUGCUGGAGGCCGUGCCCGCCGUGGCGCCGCAGACCUCCAUCCUGGAUCUUCGCUUUAACAGAAUCAGGGAGAUCCAGCCUGGGGCCUUCCGGAGGCUGAGGAGCCUGAACACCUUGCUUCUCAACAAUAAUCAGAUCAAGAGAAUACCCAGUGGGUCCUUUGAAGACCUGGAGAAUCUAAAAUACCUCUAUUUGUACAAGAAUGAGAUCCAGUCAAUUGACAGGCAAGCGUUUAAGGGACUUUCCUCUCUAGAGCAACUGUACCUGCACUUUAAUCAGAUAGAAACUUUGGACCCAGACUCAUUUCAACAUUUGCCAAAGCUGGAAAGGCUAUUUCUACACAACAACCGAAUUACACAUUUGGUCCCGGGGACAUUUAAUCACUUGGAAUCUAUGAAGAGACUGCGACUGGACUCCAACGCGCUUCGCUGUGACUGCGAAAUCCUGUGGCUGGCAGACUUGCUAAAAACCUACGCCAGGUCGGGCAACGCGCAGGCAGCAGCCACCUGCGAAUAUCCUAGACGCAUCCAGGGACGGUCGGUGGCCACGAUCACGCCGGAAGAGCUGGACUGUGAAAGGCCCCGGAUCACGUCCGAACCCCAGGACGCAGACGUCACCUCGGGGAACACCGUCUUCUUCACCUGCAGAGCUGAGGGCAACCCCAAACCCGAGAUCAUCUGGCUGCGAAAUAAUAAUGAGCUGAGCAUGAAGACGGAUUCCCGCUUGAACUUGCUGGACGACGGGACCCUGAUGAUCCAAAACACACAGGAGACGGACCAGGGCAUCUACCAGUGCAUGGCGAAAAACGUGGCCGGGGAGGCGAAGACACAGGAAGUGACCCUCAGGUACUUUGGGUCUCCAGCUCGACCCGCUUUUGUAAUCCAGCCGCAGAACACGGAGGUCCUGGUCGGGGAAAGUGUCACCCUGGAGUGCAGCGCCACCGGCCACCCGCUGCCACGGAUCACCUGGACAAAAGGUGACCAGACGUCCGUGCCUGCGGACCCUCGUGUCAGCAUCACUCCCUCCGGCGGCCUGUACAUUCAGAACGUGGUGCAGGAGGACAGUGGCGAGUACACGUGCUUCGCGGCGAACAGCGUCGACAGCAUCCACGCCACGGCCUUCAUCAUCGUCCAGGCUCUGCCUCAGUUCACUGUGACCCCUCAAGACAGAUCUGUGAUCGAGGGUCAGACAGUUGAUUUCCAGUGUGAGGCCAAGGGCUACCCGCAGCCCGUCAUCGCCUGGACCAAAGGAGGGAGCCAGCUGUCAGUGGACAGGCGGCACCUCGUCCUGUCAUCAGGGACACUGAGGAUCUCGAGUGUCGCCCUCCACGACCAGGGCCAGUACGAGUGCCAGGCCGUCAAUAUCAUCGGCUCCCAGAGGGUCUCAGCCCACCUGAUGGUACAGCCCAGAGUCACCCCGGUGUUCGUCAGCAUUCCCAGCGACGUGACGGUGGAGUCGGGCACCGACGUGCAGCUGCCGUGCAGCUCCCAGGGGGAGCCUGAGCCGGCCAUCACCUGGAACAAGGAUGGGGUUCAGGUGACAGAAAGUGGGAAGUUCCACAUCAGUCCCGAGGGAUUCUUGACCAUCCAUGAUGUGGGGACCGCGGACGCAGGCCGCUACGAGUGCGUGGCCCGGAACACGAUCGGGCAGGCCUCGGUCAGCGUGGUGGUCAGCGUCAACGUUCCUGAUGUCAGCCGAAACGGGGAUCCGUUUGUAGCCACAUCGAUUGUGGAAGCCAUUGCGACUGUUGACAGAGCUAUAAACUCAACGCGGACACACCUGUUCGACAGCCGGCCAUGCACCCCGAACGACCUGCUGGCCUUGUUCCGCUACCCGAGGGACCCGUACACCGUGGAGCAGGCACGCGCGGGCGAGAUAUUCGAGCGCACGCUGCAGCUCAUCCAGGAGCACGUGCAGCACGGCCUCACGGUGGACCUCAACGGCACCGGUUACCACUACAAUGACCUCGUGUCCCCGCAGUACCUGAGCCUCAUCGCCAACCUGUCGGGCUGCACCGCGCACCGGCGCGUCAACAACUGCUCCGACAUGUGCUUCCACCAGAAGUACCGCACCCACGACGGCACCUGCAACAACCUGCAGCACCCCAUGUGGGGCGCCUCGCUGACCGCCUUCGAGCGCCUGCUGAAGUCCGUGUACGAGAACGGCUUCAACACCCCGCGCGGCGUCACCCCUGGGCGGCUGUACCACGGCCACGCGCUGCCGAUGCCCCGCCUGGUGUCCACCACGCUGAUCGGCACGGAGACCGUGACGCCGGACGAGCGCUUCACCCACAUGCUCAUGCAGUGGGGCCAGUUCCUGGACCACGACCUGGACUCCACGGUGGUGGCGCUGAGCCAGGCCCGCUUCUCGGACGGGCAGCACUGCAGCGCCGCGUGCAGCAACGACCCCCCGUGCUUCUCGCUGGCCGUGCCGCCCAACGACCCGCGCGUCCGCAACGGCGCGCGCUGCAUGUUCUUCGUGCGCUCCAGCCCCGUGUGCGGCAGCGGCAUGACCUCGCUGCUCAUGAACUCCGUGUACCCGCGCGAGCAGAUCAACCAGCUCACCUCCUACAUCGACGCGUCCAACGUGUACGGCAGCUCGGAGCACGAGGCGCGCGCCGUGCGCGACCUGGCCGGCCAGCGCGGGCUGCUGCGCCAGGGCAUCGUGCAGCGCUCGGGGAAGCCGCUGCUGCCCUUCGCCGCCGGGCCGCCCACCGAGUGCAUGCGCGACGAGAACGAGAGCCCCAUCCCCUGCUUCCUGGCCGGCGACCACCGCGCCAACGAGCAGCUGGGCCUGACCAGCAUGCACACGCUGUGGUUCCGCGAGCACAACCGCGUGGCCGCCGAGCUGCUGGCGCUGAACCCGCACUGGGACGGCGACACCAUCUACCACGAGGCCAGGAAGAUCGUGGGCGCGCAGAUGCAGCACAUCACCUACCGGCACUGGCUGCCCAAGGUGCUGGGCGAGGCGGGCAUGAAGAUGCUGGGCGAGCACCGCGGCUACGAGCCCGGCGUCAACGCCGGCAUCUUCAACGCCUUCGCCACGGCCGCCUUCCGCUUCGGCCACACGCUGGUCAACCCCGUGCUCUACCGGCUGGACGAGAACUUCCAGCCCAUCGCGCAGGGCCACGUGCCGCUGCACAAGGCCUUCUUCUCGCCCUAUCGCAUCGUGAACGAGGGCGGCAUCGACCCGCUGCUGCGCGGCCUGUUCGGCGUGGCCGGGAAGAUGCGCGUCCCCUCCCAGCUGCUGAACUCCGAGCUCACCGAGCGCCUGUUCUCCAUGGCGCACGCGGUGGCGCUGGACCUGGCCGCCAUCAACAUCCAGCGGGGCCGCGACCACGGCAUCCCGCCCUACCACGAGUACCGCGUCUACUGCAACCUGUCGGCCGCCCACACCUUCGAGGACCUGAGAAACGAAAUCAAGGAUCCCGAGAUCCGGGAGAAGCUCAGACGGUUGUACGGGUCCCCGCUCAACAUCGACCUGUUCCCCGCCCUCAUGGUGGAAGACCUGGUUCCCGGCAGCCGCCUGGGCCCCACCUUGAUGUGCCUGCUGAGCACACAGUUCAAGCGCCUACGAGAUGGGGACAGGUUGUGGUACGAGAACCCGGGACUGUUCUCCCCGGCCCAGCUGACGCAGAUCAAGCAGACGUCCCUCGCCAGGAUCCUGUGUGACAAUUCCGACAACAUCACGCGUGUGCAGAAGGAUGUGUUCAGAGUGGCGGAGUUCCCCCACGGCUACGGCAGCUGUGACGACAUCCCCAGGGUGGACCUGCGCGUGUGGCAGGACUGCUGUGAAGACUGCAGGACUAGGGGACAGUUCAACGCCUUCUCGUAUCAUUUCCGAGGCAAGCGGUCCCUCGACUUCAGCUACCGGGACGAGGCGCCCGCCAUGAAAGCAGAGCCUGGGAGGACACUGAGUGUUGGGGAGCAGAGCGAGCACCCCAGGAACGCCACGUCUGCCUCUUCUGAGCACCCACAGGUUCCGGGGGCCAGUGACUUCAGGGACUUUGUUCUGGAGAUGCAGAAGACCAUCACAGACCUCAGGAAACAGAUCAAGAAACUGGAGGCCCGGCUCAGCCCGGGGGAGUGCACGGGCUCGGACGGCGACCCUCACGCCGAUGGGGCCAGGUGGAGGCGGGACGCGUGCACCCUCUGUGAAUGCCACGACGGGCAGGUCACCUGCUUCGUGGAAGCUUGCCAGCCUGCCGACUGCCCAGCGCCUGUGACAAUCAGCGGAGCCUGCUGCCCGGUUUGCCCACAAGACGCCCCGGGAAAGAAGCCUUAAAGCCCCUCGGAGUGUCCUCUGAGGUCGCUGGCCGCUGCAGGACAUGAAGGACUCGGGCGUCCCGGCCACGUCGCCGGGGCUGCCUCAGAAGCAGCGCCAGGGACACACGCAGACACGCCGUGGGAGCAGACACGAGUCCUAACUUCAUGUUAGAUCCUCAGGUUUUUAUUUAAUUUUUUUAAUGAAAAGUCGGUGCUACUAUUAAAUUGCACAGUCAAAUCAUUUAGGCUCCUCACGUCAUUUCCCCUGAAACCACGCUUUCUUCGCAACUGAGAAUUUGCCCCGCUCGGGACUGAGACCAGGAGCUUGCAGACGUGUUACCUGCAGGUGGGUCCAUGCCCGAACCACCAGGAGGCACAGAGAAAACCAGAGCUCAGCAAACGCAGCGUCUCUUAGGAGAGUGCCCGGCAUAGCGCCUGAUGGCAUCACCCCGAUGCUCUGCCACCGUCCCCACGCCCCACACACAGCAGACGUUCCUGCUGCUCGAGCGUGCUCACCCACGACGUCUGCGACCUGUCCACACGUGGCCGCACGAGCAUCGAGCCACGUUUAGGAGCAGGCUUGGUUUCGUCCUGCCUGCGUGCGCCCACCCGCUGUGUGGCCCCGAUGGGGGAGCCCCGCCGUGUGGCCGACGCCCGCUGCCCACUUGUCCUCGCCGCGCCAGCCCACAGACCACUCUAGGCCGCUCGCACCCACAGGGCUUCCUGGCCGGUUGCACGGUGAGCAACACACUAUGGAUUAUUCUCCAACGGGAGGAAUUCACAUGCUGGGAACUUUCUGACUUCAGGCUGUGAGUGUGUUAAAGAAACAAAAAUCAGUCUCUAUACCUCACUUGUAUUUUCUAACUGCGUGAUGCUGUGUGAAAUUUUGCCCAUGUUUUAGGUGUUAGGUAUGGCAGAAAAAUCAUUUCCAUUCGGCAGAGGUUCAUUCAGAAUCCAGAGGAAAGCAACUUUCAUACCUCAUGGUCACUCUCUAACUGACCAAAAGCCUAUUUGUUCUAAACACACAGUGGUCUUGUGUUCUGUGAAGCAUGUUCCUGAACAUACGUGUUCAGUCCCACAGAUGUUUACUUGAGGGCCUACUGCGUGCUGGGCGCUGUGCUGUGCACAGGUGAGGGGAAGCCACGCUGGUGAGAAUGACACGUGAAGACGUGGCCGGUGCUGGCACAUGGGCAAGUCCACACCAGCUGUCACCGGGGCAAGUGGGACGCACAUGUCCAGCAGUGCCCAGCGGGCAGCGGGCAGUGUCACGGCUGGGCCUCAGUCCAGUGUGGGCGCCCUUCCGGUGCUCUGCGGCAGGCAGCCCUGUGUCCGGGGGCUGUGAACACCCCGCUGGGAGAACGCUGCCCAUGGGUUUAUACACCGGCGGCUGAUGUCUUACCCUCACGUCACUGCAUGAUGGACAAAAGCUGGCGUGUGUCAUGGGGCGUGUGCUUUUGAAAUACCAAGUUCAGUAAUCAGAUCUUGGAAUCAAUUUCUGUAAAUAGGAAAUGGAAAACUCUGUCUAAAAGCUCUAUGGUCAUGUAAACUGCCGGCUGCAAACAGCACGGGGUCUGGUCCCCCGAGUAUCCAGGCGCCUUGGAGGUUUACCUGAGGUCUCGGUGCAGAUGGCAGGUGCGGGCUCAGCCGUGGGGCUUGGGCCGGGGUCCAGGAUCACGCUGUCUGCUGUCCGCUACAGGAGAGUCCUGCAGCUGCAGCGGGGUGUCUGCGGAACCAACACGUGAGCCUGGCGUGCAGUCACGUCGCAGUGGGCACGCUCAGCCCUGUCGGGGCCGUGACGAGGAGCCGUGUGCAUGUUUCUCUCCUUCCCCAGCUGUUGCCGACAGCCCAGAGCCUUACAGUCACUGUAAUCAGUAUCUUGCCAAAGAAAUGUUUGCACUGUGUAACGAUGCCUUUCCGUUCCAAUAAAGGGGCCAUGUUUUCCAGUGGA